UCCCUGUGGGGCCGCAGGUACUCUCCCCCACCAGGAACUGGGCUCUGCUCCCCAGGCUCAGCUCUCCCAUCCCACCCAGCGCCAGAAAUAUUAAACAAGUACUUUCAGGCAGGCAGAUGUGACGUAAGUCCUCACGGUGCGGUUUAUGUAGCUCCUAAACAACCCGCCUCUGCCUCCCAUCCCGUCCCUGGUUAUUUGCGCACAUCCAGAGAGCUCUGCUCGAGCAUCUGGAGCCUUGCCACUGCGAUGGUGCGUCUGCUCGCUUUGUCCAGCUGCCUGCUGAGCCCCGUUCACCCACGCCACCGGCACUGUCGGAGCUGGCUGCUCUGCUGGUAGCGGGCUAGUGACUGGCUGAAGCCCCCUCGUACGUGGAGGAACUCAUCAUGGCACUUGCGGUUGGGUUUGGUGGCCUUUUGUGUAUGUGAUUUGGGCUACUCGGUCCUAGGACUCUUUGCCGAGCUUAAUUUGUCUUGUCCUGACUGCAGGAUGUGAAGAGCAUUAGACAAGGGCAGGGUAAAGUUACAAAAGCUUCUGAAGUAACUCGUAAUUCAUUUAUGAGGAAGGGGGUUUCUUGGUUUAUUUAGAGCUGCACUUAUGCAUAAAGUUGCUUUUUUCUACAUGAGUGUUACAACUUCUUUUUUGGUUACUUUCACUUCUGGUUUGAGCACAAACACAUCUGUGAGCUUUUUAGGUUGUUCUGGUUUGUGUCAGCCGUCAAGAACCUUCACGAUAGUCCUGCCGUUUACAGGGGACUUGGGGGUUUAGCUGAAGGUGAUUUUCCCUUCCAUGGAAACCAUUACUGCCAAGUAGCGUUUUACAGUUUCUCUACUUGUCAUCGGUUGUAGCAGUUCCCCUGUUGCCGUUUUUUUUGCCGUGCCUCAGCAGAUGUGAGACCGAGAAAGCAGAGCUAGAUGUUGCUCAGUAGGGUUUCAUGUUUGCUAAUGUGACAUUUAAUCUUUCAAAGCUGUGGGAUGACUUAUAAUAGGAUGAUUUGCAUCUCCUUUUUUUUUUUUUUUAUUGUGUCAGGGAAGACCAAAGAUCAUUCCUUAAAACUUUGCAGCAAGGGCUUUACAUAAGAGCAGAACGAGCACACUGUUUUUACCGUUUCUCAUACAACCUUAUCAAGGGGCCUGGCGGUCCCAGCCAGCACCACAGGUGCCCGCGCUCCCCGGUGUGGGAACUGAUGUUUGUCCUUGCAAAUCACACAUCCCUUUUAUUUGUUCCCGUCGCAAAGUCUGUCACUGCAAGGUCUGUUAUUACCCAUUAGCUGGGGUCAGGGGAAGUACGCACCGUUGGCAACCGCUAAUACAAACUCGUGCUAUGCAGGCAGAUACGGCACCCCUCGGCAGGAACCGGCAUUGCCUCGCUCGUUCGGGAGAUGUGCCUCCAGCUUUUCCAUGUGGAUUUUGUGAGAGAUAACACAGCAUAGCAACGAUGCUAGAGGCGAAGGGGAAAACACGAUAGCCUUAAGUACGUGCGUCUUCACGAGUCCGAUUCCUCUCCCUGUUCAUAUGCUGCCCUGCUGUUUGCUGGAUUUCCCGGAGGAAACCUGGAUGCUGCUAGGAGGCCCGUCCAUCAUGCCUAGAGCGGCCAUCCCAAGAGCACGUCGCUGCAGAAGGAGCUCAUCCCUUGCGCUGGUUUGAAAGAGCCUCCAGGGCUUUACCAUGUCAGCCUGGCCGCAGACAGCCAUCGCAGGCUACCUGUUGCUGGUUUUGCAGGGGUCCUCCACAGUGGUGGAAAUCACCGAAAGAAGAGUUGCAGCUGAAGGAUCCUCUGUACUGAUGCAUGCACCAGAUAUCAAGAACGUAAACUUCAUCGAGUGGGAAUACAUAAGGAACGUCACCCCUGAAGUCAUCCUGCAGUACUAUGCAAAUGAGCACGCUCCAACCAUUUACUCACCUUACCAAGGCAGAGUGAUUUUCUCCCCAAAGAAUGGCUCAAUCUUCCUGCAGAGGUUACGAGAGACAGACAGCGGCAUCUAUAAAGCAACAGUUGAUCUGAUGCAGGACAAAGCUAGGACAACCCUCCUUGAAGUUAUCAAGCCUGUGCCCCAGCCUGAGCUCCAGUACAGUUCGAACCUGGCAGGUUCGUCCAUCGAGCUGGUCUGCGUGGUGCCAGAGGGAACGGUGGCUUCCAUCUCCUGGAAGAAGGAGGGACGUCCCCUUCCCCCCGAAAAGUGCUAUCUGCUCUCGGGAAACACCACCGUGCUGCAGCUAAGGAACAGGGAGAAGUCGGACUGCGGCUCCUACUCCUGCAACGUCAGCAACAUGAUAAGCUGGAAGGAGGCAGCCCUGAACCUGACGGUGACAGGUCUCACGCCUCCUCUACACCACGCGCAGAGGCUGGCCGUCGUCACGCUGAUGUUCGUCGCCGUCUCCGCCGCCAGCUUCAUCUUCCUGCUCUGUCAGCUGAGGGAGCGCAGGUUCGGAAAGGAAGCACAGAAACACAUAAUUCUGUCCACCUACGGACUGCUAUGUAUCUCCUCUCUCCUCCUGCUUGCCACCUCCAUCAUCUGGAUGUAUGAACAAGGUCUUUCUGCUGCCUUCGUCUUGCUUGGGCUGUUCUUCUUUGCUGCGGCAAUAGGAACUGCCCAGGCGGCAGCAGCAGCGGUGUGGAGACCAGCACCUCUCAGCCGCUUCAGAAUCAAAAUGUGGCACUGUGUCAUCCAGAACUCUAUAGCCCCCACAACACUGGUCGUCAACUUGUUGUUCACCACCCUCUUGCUCCACAAUAUCCAGCAGCUCCAUGAGCAAGGCUGCUCGGAGGCCGUUGAUCUGACCAUCAGCUGCGUCUCUGCUGCUGUAGCAGUCUUCACAAUGCUGCUGUUCCUCCUCCUAUGGUAUCACAGGAAUAAGCGGAAGGAGAAGAUGAGGGAAAACCGGCACACCAUCCGAGGCACAGAAUUCACGGCCACCUUGGCGAUCGAAGAAACUGGAGGACACAGGCAAGAACAGGAGUAAAGGAUCGUCCCUCCACCAGCCGGGGAGCUGCGCUCACACGCCAGAGGCAGCCGGGGAAGAGCCCCGAGGAGCUGGGAAGGGGCUGUCGGCCAAAGCAAGGCAUCCGUAAGCUCUGCCUCUACCCUCGCACUAGCGAGGCAAGGCUUUUGGCAAAAAUCUGGCCAAAAUGUUGCCACCCAGGUCGCCAAGCAAUAGCUCCAGGUGACGAAUGAUACUCCCCCCCCCAACACUUUCCCUGCCCUCUGCUCAUAAAACCCAGGCUAAGAGAAAAUACAAGCCAUUGCUCUUGCUAAUGCCGGUCAUCACCCAAGCAGGGGCAGUUUUUCCAUGAGCCAGAAAUUCUAUGAUCAGACCCCCAGCUGGAGGUUAACCAUCCUCACUAACGCUGUCACACCACCCGCCGCCUUCUUUUGUACGUUAAUGAGUCAACCAAAAAGAAAAAAAACCCAAACAACAUGUGAAUGUCAAUCAAGGGAACAAGUUGAUGCUCUGGAGUGUUUCGAGAAAUUUGACCCAGCUGUCUCAAGUGGAAUGUAUUGCUGCUAUUAGUGUAGACAACUGCAGCAGAGCAGAUUAACUCCCAGCUUUAGCCGCUGGCGCAGUCGGUAUUUGUUCCGGUAUUUGUACCACGCUGCCCAAGCAGUGCCGAGAGGUGCUGCUGCCAGAGCUGCCCUGCCUGUGCUUUUGCCUCUGAAGCUUUAACCUGACCCUGGUUUGCUUUCAGCAGAGCUCUGCCGGACUGCCCACGUGCGGAUUUCGCUGUCAGCACCCACGUGUGGUGCUGCUUUCUGCGCCGCUUCCUCCCCCUGCCUGUGUAAGUCAGUCCCUUUUUAAGGUGCAGCGAGUCGGGCUGGUGGCUCUCAGAAGUGGCAGUUCUGCAAUCACACGUUCCCCUCUAGCUUGCCUUCCCUCAGUGUUGCAAGGCAGUUGUUCCCGUGUCGCAUCACCUGCCUCAGAAAACUCAGCCCAAGCCCUUGUCCGUCUGUCCUAUGUCCGCUCCUGUCCUUCCUUGUCUGCUGCCAGCUCUGCCGGGCACACCUUUGACCUCACGCUCCCAACCCUGGAAAGGAUGCCUUGCCUUUGGGAAGGAUGCCUUGCCUUUGGGAAGGAUGCCUUGCCUUUGGGAAGGAUGACCAGGAAAGGCAGCGCCACCAGCAUCCCUGUGUACCUUCGGGGUGGGAUUUUUUAACGUAUUUUAAAGCAUUCCUGAACUAGAUCAGCCUGAGCUGAUUUUUCCCUUCCACAGGACUCUUAACCAACCUUGUACUCAUGCCAUGGCCUUCAGCAGUUUCCUUUGCAGGCUGUAGCAUUUUAGAUGAAGUUGGAGUAAGUCCUGCCAAGGUCCUUGUUUUUUGUCCCCCUUGGACAGGAUGUCAGCUCUAAAAUGUGUUCAUCCGUAAAAAAAAAGCACAGAAAGAAAUACCUUAUGUUGUUUUUUUUCUUCGCUGCGUUGUACCUGCUCUAAUAAACGUAUUUCACAUGGA